AUGGCUACUCCCACAGAUCAAACAUGCUCAGCAGAGUUCCUGCAAGAGCAUGUAGAGCUUAUUUGGUCGCAGAUUCGGGAGAACAGCCCAAUAUACCAAUUUGCGUUAGAGAAGAUCAAGAUCAACUCGGUCGAGAAGGGCGCUGUGAAGGCGGGGCUACGGGUCGAGAAGAAGCACUUGAACUCAAAGGGGUUCCUGCACGGAACGGUCAGUACAUGUUUGAUUGACUGGAUGGGGAGUAUGGUGAUUGCUUCUCAUGGGUUGGAGAAGACGGGGUUGAGCACCGAUAUUCAUGCAACGCAUCGAGGGUGGGCAGGAGUUUAG